GAAAAGCAUCCAAAAAAGAAAGAGAAAUGCUUUUCUUCCUUUUCUUUCCCCUAAAUCCUAAUCCAAUCUCCAGUCCUGUCCGAGAAAAUGGCUAAUGGUUCGGAGUUGGGAGGAAAGGAAGGUAAAGGUGGUGAAAAAGCUAUGGCGUCUCGAGUUUCAACUUUAACUAAAGUGGCGUUGCAGCUGUAGGAGAGAGAAACUUCCCUCGUUUUCUAUUCUACUCCCUCUUGACGAGCUUCCUUCUCCCCUCCCCCUCAUUAAAGUACAAAUCUUCUUCUUCCCCACUAACAAGCUAUCCUUUGGAAUCAAACCCAUCUCACUUCCUCUGUCUCUACCUCCUGAAGAAGGGUAGAGCUUGAAGAAGAAAGAACGACUGGUGGAUUAGCAAGCAGCAAAAUAAAAUUACCAGACAUGGCAGAAUUGGUAUUAUGAGCAAUCAGCCUCUGUUUUGGGGAGGCGUCGGUGGGUUUUUAGUUUAUUAGCCCUGUCUCUGUUCACUGCAUCUUCUUCCUUCUUCUACUCCUACCCGCAGACUGUCCACUCUCUGCGGUAAUCCUCUAAAGGGUAUCCAUAUCCGUAAGUUCUUUCUUUUCUUGUGAAAGAUUCCCCAUUUAGCUUUCACAUUUCUACCCAAUUCUGGGAAUUUUCCUUAGGUUUCUUCUACUGGGUCGCUGUAGUUUCAUUGUUAGGUGAAAUCCUUAGAUGCUUUUUCUUUUGUGGGUCUGUCUUGACUUCAAAGCUUGCUGGUAUCAACGCCGCCUGCAAGAUCUGGACUUGCUCUCACUAAAAAAUAUAUUCUUCGUCUUGAUUUAAUGAAUUUAUUUUCUUAUCCCCCUCUUUUUUGGGGUUUUCUGUUUUGGAGAGUGAACCCAUUUUCCCCGCAAUUCGGUAUCAUCGAGUAACAACUAACAACCGGUUGUUAACGCGUUACUUUUGGAUUAACUUACAAGUUUGAUGCUUGCUUUCACUUUCUUUUGCCGGCAGAAUUCAGCAAGGUUUAAUGUGAAAUCUUUUUUCAGCUGUGCAGGGUGUAAGCAGUUGCUGGGUAAUCUUCACAUAUGGGAACUCUAUCAACUGAUGACCGGCUGCUGGACCGGGAUGUUGUAUACUUGUCAUUGGGGCUCAGGGAAGCAGGAAAAGGAUCAUCGUGUAAUAAAUCUCCACCUCGUGUUUUAUCACUUGUUUCGUCUCUUCUCGAGAGAUUGGUGCAGAGGAAUGAGAUGCUGCUGGAGAAGAAUGAGAUCAAAGAUGUGAUUACCGUUUUCCAUGGCUUGAGAGCACCACCAGUGAGCAUUCAGCAAUACAUUGAACGCAUCUUCAAGUACUCUUGCUGCAGUCCUUCCUGCUUUGUUGUUGCACAGAUAUACAUGGAUAGAUUUGUUAAACAGACAAAUGUACAAUUAACGUUGCUAAAUGUCCACCGCCUCCUCAUAACCAGCGUCAUGCUGGCAGCCAAGUUCGUUGAUGACGCAUUCUUCAACAAUGCGUACUAUGCCAAAGUAGGAGGGAUAAGCACAGGGGAGCUGAACAAGUUGGAACUGAAGUUUUUGUUCAGUGUAGAUUUCAGACUUCAGGUAAAUACCACCACAUUUGGGAGAUACUGCUGUAAUUUGGAGAGAGUAGAAGCCACCGAUGGGCUUCAGAUUGAAAGGUCGAUUCAAGCUUGUAGAAUCAAAGAGACUUGGUCAAACAACGAGGAUUCAACAACCACUUGUGCUCCUGCAAUUGCAAGAUUAAGAUAGCUUCGGUAAGAAGAGUGCUCCCUUCGCUCAUCAAAGAUUUUCAGCACUACUACAAUAGUACUGGUGAUCAGCUGAUCGAUCCCACAUUGAUUUGUUCAUUGGAAGUUAGGCGUUGUAGCUAGGUAGAGAUGUUGAGGUGGUUUUUAGGGCACUUUAGAGUUUGAAAAAAAAAGAUUGGACAAGAGUACAUGCAUGCAUAUGCAAAGGUUAGCAGAUUUUGGAGACAUUUGAGUUGUCAAUUUACUUGCACUGGGAUGUGGUGUCUGCUCGUGUUUUUGUCUAGCUCUUCUUUUUCCCGCAAUACAGUCAUUCCUUCUUCUUGUUGUUGUAUAGAUUGACACAGAAAUUCCAGAGUGUACUGAAUUUGAUUGCUGUAAGUUUCUGUUCUUAUUUUGCAAUUCAUUUCUACAAUUGAAGGUACUGG